AUGGAAGGUUUAGUAAACGAGAUAAACUCACUCAGAGAGAAACACAGAGAACAGACAGUAGUGCACUCGAAGCUCCUGACACAGCAAAAUGAAUCAAUGGCGGCCCUAAACGAAGUAAAACUGGUGGACGACGACGCUAAGAUUUUCAAGACCACGGGGCCUGUGCUCAGUGCUCAGACGAAACAGGAGGCCCUGAGUACCAUCACUAAGCGCCUGGAGUACAUCAAGGGAGAAAUCGACACUGUGGACAAGUCAAUGUCGGACUUGCAGGCUAAGAUAGAGGAGAAGUACAAAAAGGUAAAGAAACAAAUGAGCGGAUAA